UAAGGGAAGAGAGAGAGAGAGAAGAGAAGAGAAGAGAAGAGGAGACUACACUGCUCCAUCGUCUUCUCCUUCUGGGGGAAUUUUAUUUUUUGGAAAAAAAAGAUCAGUCUGAUACCUUUUUGUUCUUUGCAUUUACUCAAACCCUAACCCUAGUUUUUUUCUCAAAUCGCAGAGAGGUUUCUUCAGAUUUUUCCCAAUCCGCUAACUUUUUUUUUUAUUUAAAUUUUUGGGGAUUUAUCGUUUAAUUUAGAAGAUACUGUCUCGAUCAGAAAAGAAGCUAAUCGACUCUCUCUAACAAACCCUAAUUUUAAUUUUUGUCCUCCUUCUCUCUUCUCAUGGCUUCCGCCACUUCCAAUAACUCUGCUUCCUCUUCUUCUUCUUCUUCUUCUUCUUCUUCUUCUUCUUCUAUGUCUCCUCGUCGUAUGACCGAAAAUCACGGCAUCCCUAUCGCUGCUGCUGUUUCACAAUCGCCUCGCCGUCCUUCUCGGCAAGUUUCUUCUCCGUGGAGUCAUGUCGUCCGUGGCGAAUCAGACCCGAUCGCUACAGCCGCCGUCGUAGCUGCUCCUUCCUCUCAUCAAUCCAAGGCUCCGAUCGAGCCGGUUGCUUCCGUUUCUGCUCCGCCUGAUUCUGUUUUGACGGUCGAUGAGAAAUCGGAGGAAUCUGCUGCUGUUGGUCAGGGUAAUGCGGGAAAGAAGCCAGUUUGGAAAAGGCCGUCUAAUGGGUCUUCUUCUGAGGUCGGACCUGUCAUGGGAGCUUCUUCUUGGCCUGCUCUUUCUGAGACUACUACCAAAGCUCCUCCUUCCAACAAGUCUUCUUCUGAUUCGUUAAAAAGUCUCGGUGAUGUUCCUUCUUCUUCACCGUCUUCAUCAUCUCUCCCCGUUUCUCAGGGUUUUGCUAAUGCUUCUGUUCCUGCCGCACCAAAGCAAGCUGCCCGUGCAAACCCUAAUCCAACUCCAAAUUAUUCGCGCCAGAGAUCAUUUAAACGGAAUGGCGCUUCUGGUUCCGCUAAUGGUACUGUUUCUCAACCAUCAGCACAGGGUUCAUUUGCCGAAUUGCCUUCGCACAACCCUUCUCCUAGAGGCCAAAACCAGAGAAAUGGCUUUGCAUCACAAACCCAUGGUGGUGCUGACAACCUACCACAACGAGACUCCUUCAGGAACCAAAAUGGUAAUCAUCACCAAAGUCAUGGUGGCAGGCGUAAUCAGGAGCACGGGAAUCAGAAUCGGGCUUAUCACAGAAGCUUUAAUGGGAGAGAAGGAAAUGCACAAUCACAAAGGCCAGCAUUUGUAAGACAUGCACCACCACCUGUUCAGCCUAUUCCUCCUCAGUUUAUGGCAGCUCAGCCUAUUCAGCCUUUUGCCAGCCCUGUGCCCUUCUCUCCUGAAAUGGCAUCGUCGUAUUAUCCCCGUAUGCCUUUUAUGACACCUCUUCCACAUGGUCCGGUCUUCUACCAUGUUCAAGAUCCUCCAUUACACAUAAAACUACAGAACCAAAUACAGUAUUAUUUUAGUGAAGAGAAUUUGAUUACUGACUUAUACCUUCGUGGGUUCAUGGAUGAAGAGGGUUUUGUUCCGCUACGUGUGAUUGCUGGUUUCAAAAAGGUUGCAGAACUUACAGAUAGCAUCCAGCAAAUAGUGGAGGCUCUACAAAAUUCACCUGUUGUUGAAGUGCAGGGUGACGUAAUAAGGAAGCGCCAUGAAUGGCAUCAAUGGGUGAUUCGAAAAAUGAGGACCCCUGCAGUGUCGAGCCCCCAAGCUGUUGAUAGGGCAGAUGCAGUAGCAAGCAGACUUGGAAACUUGGCUCUUGGUCAGAGCUCAGCGGAUCCCACUGGUGGUUCAAGCAGUCAGUUGCAGCAACCUAGGGAAGCUCUUUCAGAUGUUCAGCAACAGUCUUCUGGUGCUGUACCAGUGAGCAACCACAACGACUCAGAUGGUGCAAACCGUUGAACCAUCAUGUGUAUGGAGCUGUUGGUGAGUGAUGGACAUGAAUAUAUUAUUUUGUCCUGCCGAAAAUCAGGAAAAAAAAACAAUAAUGAAGGGGAAUCCAAAAAAGAAUGGAAAAAAAGUAAGGCAUAAAAGCAUAAAGAGAAGAAAGACCCAUUUGAAAAAAAAGGAUCAAACAUUUGUGAUUCUUCUAGCUAGCAUAUUUGUGGUUUGGCAUAUUUGUGGUUUUUUUUUUUAAUCUUUUGGUUUUGGUUGUUUUUGGAUGCUAAUAACUUCUUUUUUUAUGCUUAUGCUACUUUUGCUACACAUACUAUCGGUCCUUGUAGCCCAUCGUUAUGGUCUGUGACUAACUGGUUUUGCUUUCUAAUACUCUCUUCACCCCGGUUUC